CCUCCGCCUCACCCUGAAUUGCCCCACUUGCUGAGCGCUACCCACAGGCAGUGGCUUUGCGCGCCAUGUGUCCCAGCGAGAAGCAAUCGCUAUAUGAUGGUUUCCGACUUCAACGUCAUUCUUUGAUGAAUGCGCCGUUGGAUGGCAUGAUCCUCCCCACUAGCAAUGAGCCAACCCGUAUUUCAUUCGUUGGCUUUGUACAAGUAUAAAGUUCUAACAGGAGUCGAUUCGAUUCGACUGUUACAGAUCGAACGUCCCUCACACACUUCUGAUGCCAUCUCCUGUCUACUUACAGAGCACAACGUCGACGAUCAUCCUCCAAAGUACGCGGCUCUUUCUUAUGUCUGGGGAAUUUCACGUUCACCUAAACCAAUCCUACUCAACAAUCACCGGGUACACGUAAUGACCAAUCUAUACGAUGCGCUUAUUCAGAUUCGAGCGACCUUCCCCGGUCUCUUGUUACGGAUCGACGAUAUCUGCAUUGAUCAAAGAGACUCGCAAGAAAGGAAUCAGCAGGAGGCAAUGAUGCGUAACAUCUACAGCAGGGCAACUCAUACAAUUGCGUGGCUUCAACCCGCGAGCUGAUGAAGUGGAGUUCUUGUUCAACUACAUUCAAAAGCAUCGAGCAGAGUGCAAAGAGUCGAAAAAAUUCCUGGAAGCACGAGCCAAAUCAGUCAGCCGGCCAAGGUCGAUCAAUUCUCAAAGAUCACUCAGACAACUUCGAUCAAGUCUUCAAUUGGGACUCAACAGCCGCAUUCCAUUGGACAGAAGUCUACGACCUGCACAUCCUCCUGUCGCUUACAAAGCCUCAAGGCAUCUCUGCGCA